AUGCCUCGAGAGAAAAGCAAACAUCGCGAUAGAAGAAGCUUAUCCUACAGCUCGGAAUCGUCGUACGAAAGAAAAAAAAGUAAAAGCAAACAUAAACGUCGUUCACGUUCAAAGGAUCGAUCGGAGAGCAGCUAUAGAAGAAAACGAUCUAGUUCAAGAUCAAAAAACAGAAGGAGAAGUUAUUCUAGGAGCAUUUCAAGGGAGCGUUAUGAAAGUAAAUCCAGACGACGUUCAUCAUCACGAUCGAAGUCUAAACGAUCUAAACAUUCCCGUGACCGGUCUCGCUCUAGAUCAAGAUCUCGAAGUCGUUCUAAACACAGCAAGAGUAGUAGAAAACAUCGAAAAAGAUCCCCUUCCUCUCUCAGUAGAGACUCUUUCGAUAUAGAUCCAAGAAAACCUAAUCUGGAUGACACUGAAACCAAAAUUGAAAAGGCUAUUAAGGCUGCCGAGGCCGCAGGAUUGACGAUGACAAAAAUACCAACUUACGAGUAUAAAGAUGUUGAAGUGAAAGAAGAUAUGCCCACAAUACAUGAUAGGAAUUUAUUAGCCGAAAUAAACAGUGAUUCCUUCAUGCCAAAGACUUUUACAUCAUCAAGAAGCAAGAAACAACAGAAUAUUGUUAUAGAUCUUAACACAGAGACGGUGAAGGUUCCAGAGGCAGAAGUAAAAAAUCAUGUAGAUGACUCAAUUAUUAAUUUUGAUGAAUUACCCAGUUUAGAAGAGUUAAAGGAGAUGUGGAUCAAAAAGCUAUAUAUGUAUAGAAAGAAAAUGCUGAAAGAAGAUAUGUAG